ACUGGUUGCCAUUGUCCUCGUGCUUUAAUAAUAAUAUGAUAACAAUUGCAUCUGAACUCUACCGGACACUAGUAUUUUGAAUGUGAACAGUAAACAUGAGUCGAGUGGAAAGUUUCCCGCUGGAAGAGGAGUACAAGAAGCCGACGGGCAUCACUCCGCAGGACAUUGCGAGGCUGCGACAGUGGCUCGCCACGCAGCCGCAUCUGCCGCAAGAACAUAUCACAGAUUUGGACCUAAUCCUGCUAUACCAUAGAUAUGGGUGCAGUAUCGAAGUCUCUAAGCAGGAGCUGGACAACCAGUACACUCUAAGAACACUUUUUGCGUCAUUCUUUAAAGAUAGAGUUCUUGACGAGAAAAUAGAGACUGUAUUAAAUACUGUAUUGAUCACCAUUCUCCCAGGUCGCUCUAAAGAAGGCCACACGAUACUGUACGGUCGCAUGAUUGAUACGGAUGUCAGCAAAUUCGACUUCCCAUCAUCGAUCAGAGCAAUGCUCAUGGUGCUGGAUCUCUGGCAGUACGCUGAAGGCACCUGGCCCGGCUUCAUGUUUCUGUUCGACCUACACGGGAUUAAAGUAGGACUCCUGUCCAAACUAGACCUGGAGAACAUAAGGCAGUUCGUUGUUUAUUUCCCGGGAGCACUGCUAGCGAAGCUCAAAGGCGUGCACUUUUUAAACGCACCAACAUUUAUGGACCGUCUCAAUGCCAUCAUGAGAAACUUCAUGACUAAAGAGUUUAUUGACCUGGUGACGAUCCACCAAGCUGGGGACCUCAGCGGAAUUACUAAAGUCGUGGACCUUGAGGUACUACCGAAGGAACUUGGAGGAAAUUAUAAAACUCUUGAGGAACUUAGAGAAGAGACGCAAGCGAUGAUGAGGGCGAACAAAGACUUCUUCGUAGAAGAGAACAAGAAGCGAGUGAAGGAAUCUUUGCGUCCUGGCAAACCGAAGACCAUCACUGACAUCUUCGGAAGCGUCGAGGGCACGUUCAAACAACUCGAGAUCGACUGAUUUUAUAAUAAAUGCGAUAUUAAUAAAU